UUGGAAUUCACAAUGACAACAGUAACAGGGACCACAGAGGUCCCCCCAAUGGGUAAAAGAGAAGAUAAUUCUGCCUUGUAUGAGUUCACAUCAGCUCACGUUAUUGAAGAAACCGAAUAUGUGAGAAAGAUCCGAACUACUCUGGAAAAGAUCCGAAAUCAAGUUUUUAAAGAUGAAGUAGGACAUAACAGUACACAUCACAAACUAGAAACAAAGCACUGUCGAAACAUUCAAAAUGGCUCUGAUUCUGAAAUGGACCCCUCUUGUUGCAGUUUGGAUCCGCUCAUGGAAAGGAUGAAAGGAAAAGAACAGCAGAUCUUAGAAAUGAACAAAGAAAAUGAAGUAUUGAAAAUCAAGCUGGAAGCCUCCAGACAAGCAGGAGCAGUGGCUCUGAGAAACGUGGCCCAGAGAUUAUUUGAAAUCUACCAAACACAGUCUGAAGAAGUUAGAAAGAAGCAUGAGGAUGGUAAACACUUACUCGAGGUUAACAGACUCGAAAAGGAACAGCAGUUGAAGCAACAUGUUGAAAAUCUGAAUCAAGUUGCUGAAAAGCUUGAAGAAAAACAUAAUCAAAUCACAGAGCUGGAGAACCUUGUACAGAGGAUGGAAAGGGAAAAGAAAACACUGCUAGAAAAAAAACUGUCUUUGGAAAACAAGCUGCUGCAACUCAAAUCCAAUGCUACAUAUGCUAAAAGUUGCCACAAUCUUCAAAUGGAGAUUUCCCUUCUCCAGAAGCAGAUCUCUCAUCUACAGUUUGUGAUUCAUUCCCAACAUCAGAACCUGCGCAGUGUCAUCCAUGAGAUGGAAGGAUUAAAAAAUAAUUUAAAAGAACAAGAUAAAAGAAUUGAAAAUCUGAAAGAAAAAGUUAACAUACUUGAAGCCCAGAAUAAAGAACUAAAAACCAAGGUGGCGCUUUGGUCUGAAACGCCUAGGACAACAGUAUCUAAGGCUGUCUCUACAAGUGAAUUGAAGACUGUCGACACUACGCCCUAUUUGAUGUUGAUUAGGCUCCGGAAAUGAGCUGACUGGCUGAAGAUCUGAAUGAGAAAGAUUGCUACGUGGGUCUUAUUUAUUCCUUGAAACACAGCCUAAACUUGCAUGUUGAAAUGGCUCAAUGCCAGCAUUCAA